AUGUUACCCUCAAGGAUUUUUAUCAAGUCUACAUCCAUGGGACAGCAAUUGGAUGACGAGCUCAAGAUGUACCAACGCAUGGAGAGAGGCUCGAAGAGCCACCCAGGUCGCAAAGCUGUUAGAUCGUUACUCGACUCGUUUGAUGUCGAUGGGCCCGACGACGAACAUCGAUGCCUCGUGCAUCCUCCAUUAUGGGAGAGUGUGUUGACCUUUUUGCACCGCAACCCAGUCCAUAGGCUGCCUCAACCAGUCCUGACAUUUGUGUUGCAGCGCAUGUUUUUGGCGCUAGACUAUCAGCAUACAGAAUGCCAGAUCAUACAUACUGGUCUGUGCUCCAAUUUUGCCCUCCUCUGCUUCUAUCGUCUACUUACUCGGGAAAUCUCAUCAGACAUCAAGGAGGACAACAUCAUGUUUGGCAUCACCGAUGACUCGGUUUUCAGUGACUUUGAAGAGCAGGAGCUUCAAACCCCUUGCCCGAGGAAGGGACUGGAUGGAAGAAUAAUCUACGUCUCCUGGGAACUCAGAAUGCCCAAGGAAUGUGGCGCCCCGGUCCUCUGCGACUUUGGCUCAGCGGUUUUCGGUGGUAUAGAGCACUCGGAAGACAUUCAACCUAAUAUUUAUCGAGCACCGGAGGUGAUUCUGGAAGUCCCCUGGACGUGCAGCGUCGAUAUAUGGAAUGUGGGAUGUAUGAUUUGGGACAUUUUCGAAGACGGAUUCUCAUUUACUGGCCACGACCCAGAACUUCAGACAUACCGAAGUCGAGCUCAUCUCGCUGAGGUGAUCAGUCUCCUUGGGCCCCCGCCGCCCAGUCUUCUUUCUCAAGGGAGGCUGAGCCACAAAUUCUUUUCCGACGAAGGCGACUUUUGCGCUGGGAUUCCAUUACAACAUCGGAUUCCGCUCGAGGAGAGGGAAACCGCUCUCGAGGGUCAAGACAAAGCGAGUUUUCUACGCUUUAUGCGGAAUAUGUUGCAGUGGGAGCCGGGGAAGCGUAGCUCCGCUAAAGAAUUAGGAGAGGACGACUGGAUUCCAUACGCGGAGUGCUCCGUGCACAGAGAGGACUGGCGAAGCCGCGGCGAUCGGCUUUCGGUUCCCCGCCAAAAGAAACCCCGACAAUUCUUCUUCACAUGCGCGCGUCUGCCAAAGUCCCUUUCACCCCAGCGCCGGUCUCUCCUUUCCUGUCAUUUUCUCAGAAUUGUUCAGGAGUAUAUAAUUACCAACACGAUGAAUUCCUCAUCACCGAAUACCAGUGCGGGCGUCACUCAGCAACAUCACGAGGAGAGCCCACCCGCCCCCGCAGUGAACGCUCCCGACCACAGCACCGCAGCUCCCACAACCAGCGCAAGCUCGCCUGGCGAUGAGAAGCCCACAGCGCCAGUGACAGAGGCUCCAAAAGAAGCCCCUUUAUCAAAAGCUACCGUAGAAGAUGCCGACGAGGACGAAGACUCGGAGUUUGACGAGUUAGACGACGUCCUGGAUAACUUCUCCAAACCCGCCCCCCAGCCAAGCACAACCGCACCUGCAAGCGCACCAGCCCCCGCCAAUGAAGACAUCGACGAAGACGCUUUCAUGCGCCAGCUCGAGCAGGACAUGGCGAAGAUGAUGAACCACGCGGCGCAGGAGUCCGGCGCGCCGGAUAACAAGGAGUUCGAGAAUGCGAUCAACCAGGGGGCAGACGCGUUCACGAAGCAGCUCGAGGAGAGCGGGAUCCCGCCCGGUGACUUUUUGAAGCAGCUGCUGGCGGAUGUCAUGGCGGAGGAAGGCGAGGGCGCUGGUGCUGCUGCGGGUGCUAGUGCUAGUGCGGGUGCAGGCGCGGGCCAGAGUACCGGUGGACCGUCGGAAUCUGCGACGGGUGCUGGGAAAGCGGCUGCGCCAGAGUCCUUCAAUGAUGCCAUUCAGCGGACUAUCCAUCGGAUGAAGGAGUCUGGGGAUAAGGCUACGGCGGCGGCGACGGAGGACGGGGGGAUUUCGGAGGACAUGCUGAUGCAGUUGCUCAAGGGGCUGGAGGCGGGCGUUGGAAACGGGGGCGACGAUCUCGACCUGACUCAGAUGAUUGCCGGUGUGAUGGAGCAGUUUUCCAAUAAGGAGAUGCUGUAUGAGCCGAUGAAGGAGUUGGAUGCGAAGUGGGGGCCGUGGUUGAAGGACAAUAAGGGCAAGGUCCCUGCUGAGGAUAUGGAGCGGUAUGAGAAGCAGGCUAAGCUUGUGACUGAGAUUGUGGCCAAGUUCGAGGAGGAAGGGUAUACAGAUGAAGAUCCGAAGUAUCGGCAGGCUGUGUGGGAGAAGAUGCAAGAGAUGCAAGCGCUGGGUAGUCCCCCGGAAGAACUUGUUGCGAAUCCCUGGCCGGAGGAUAUGGCAGGCGAGGCUGGCGCAGCUUUGCCCGACUGUCCCCAGCAAUAA